AUGACAUCGUCCCCACAACUACUCCAACGGCGACGAUAUCACUCUCAAAAUCCACACCGAUUCUCACAAAUAUCGAAUAAAGAUGGUGUGUGCAUUAUAUCGAUCAAAGCGGCGUCGAUGGAUUCUGAUGAGAUUCAGAAGACGUCACCAUCGUCCGGAACGUCGUCACCGAUUAAAGGGAUAUUCAGAAGACAGAGUCGACCGAUGCGGAAGAGUGCCAAGGCACUGUUCCAGCAGUUUGGUAUGGGGAAAACAGGCAUUUUGACAAGGUGA